CCACUGCGCAUGCGCCACUCACUCAAGGGCUACACUGUCAUGGCGGUGACGAGCUGAAGCUACCGGGCUAAAUCAGGAAGAAGCAGACGCGCAGCUGUGUUAACUCUCGCAUUCAAGCAAGUCUGUGGAGUUUGUCGAGAAGUACCGAGCGGACCGCCGUCGUUUAUCGGCUCUUACUGGAGCUGCUGACGGACUUGCCCUCUUGCAGUUUGAGAGUUUAGGUUAUCUCAAGCGCGGUACCUGCCAAGAGUGUGGACUCGGUGACAAUAGCAACUUCCAGCGCUGAACGGAGACGCAUAAAAUCAUUGUGUCGUUUGCUACCUGCUCAGCAGAGAAGACAACAGGAUAAGGGGCAAGCUCUGCUUCACCUUGUUACCUGCAGCGCGGUUCCUCACGGCUCUUCUCGUAAUAGCACUAAUCCAUCCGUCUGGUAUCAAGUUACGGAGCAGGGGAGAGGAGUAGUUCACCGUGGAGUGAAGCGGUGACAUUUCCAGUCUGGCCAGACUAACAAAUUCAAUUUGCGCAGUUUUUCGCCCACUUUCGAGACUAAUUCGUUAAACAGUUUUUGGAUGGGGAGGGAAGCGUUUUGCUUGUGUGCCUGCAUACUGUCAACAACUCAGCUGAAGAGGAGAUAGACCCCUCGUUCUCCUCCAACAUCGGCUGCACUGUCACCAUUGGAGGUGAACAGGUGCCUUACCUGUAAACGCCACCUGUUCCCGUCCUUCCUUCCUUAGCAAUGGCUAGCGAGGAGACAGCCGGCGCCCCGCAGCCAGGUGAUGGAAAGGACGGGAGAUCAGGCGCCAUGGCGCUCAACCCCGGAAUGCCCAUCAGGGGGAUAAGGAUGAAAUUUGCCGUGCUCGUUGGCCUGGUGGAAGUUGGGGAAGUUUCCAACCGAGAUAUCGUGGAGACGGCGUUCAACCUGCUGGUUGGCGGCCAGUUUGACCUGGAGAUGAACUUCAUCAUCCAGGAACCAGAGAGCAUUGUGUGCAUGGUGGAGCUGCUGGACAAGUGUGAGCCCACCUGUCAGGCUGAGGUCUGGAGCAUCUUCACAGCUAUCCUCAAGAAGCGCGUCCGUAACCUGCAGGCAUGCACCGAUGUGGGGCUCAUCCAGCAGGUGCUUCAGCGAAUCUCCACCACUGACAGCAUGAUUGCAGACCUACUUGUCGACAUGUUGGGUGUGCUCGCCAGCUACAGCAUCACGGUUAAAGAGCUAAAGCUUUUCUUCAGCAAGCUGCAAGGGGAGAAAGGCCAGUGGCCUCGUCAUGCAGUAAAGCUUUUGUCAGUGCUGAAGUAUAUGGCUCACAGAAGUGGCCCCGACUCAUUCUUCAGCAUUCCAGGAAAAAAUGCAGCCGCUAUAGCUCUGCCUCCCAUUGCUAAAUGGCCGUACCAGAAUGGGUUUACGUUCCACACAUGGCUACGCAUGGAUCCCAUCAACAAUAUCAAUGUAGACAAAGACAGGCCCUACUUGUACUGCUUCCGAACCAGCAAAGGCCUAGGUUACUCUGCACACUUUGUGGGUGGCUGUUUGAUAGUGACCUCCUUAAAAUCCAAGGGGAAAGGAUUCCAGCACUGUGUAAAGUACGACUUCAAACCACAGAAGUGGUACAUGGUGACUCUAGUUCACAUCUACAACCGAUGGAAAAACUGUGAAAUCAGCUGCUUUGUGAACGGGGAGCUGGCUUCCUUUGGAGACAUCGCCUGGUUUGUCAACACCAGUGAUACAUUUGACAAGUGUUUCCUGGGAUCGUCGGAGACUGCAGACGCCAACCGUGUGUUCUGUGGACAGAUGGGGGCAGUUUACCUGUUUGGAGAGGCCCUCAGUGCUGCUCAGAUCCUGGCGAUCUAUCAGCUGGGGCCAGGAUACCAGGGCACAUUCAAGUACAAGGCUGAGAGUGACCUGCUGUUUGCAGAGCAUCAUAAGACCUUGCUAUAUGAUGGCAAGUUGUCCUCUAGUAUUGCCUUCACUUAUAACCCUCGUGCCACUGAUGCCCAGCUCUGCCUCGAGUCCUCCCCCAAGGACAACGCUUCCAUUUUUGUCCAUUCACCCCAUGCACUCAUGCUGCAGGAUGUGAAGGCUGUGGUGACUCACUCAGUCCAGAGUGGCAUACACUCUAUCGGAGGCGUGCAGGUCCUCUUCCCUCUGUUUGCACAGCUGGAUUAUUGCCAGCCUUCCAGCCACGAGCUGGACACCUCUGUGUGUUGCACUUUGCUGUCCUUUGUGAUGGAGCUCUUGAAGAACUCGGUGGCUAUGCAAGAGCAGAUCCUGGCCUGCAAAGGCUUUCUUGUCAUUGGCUACUCUUUGGAGAAGUCUUCCAAGGUGCAUGUGACGCGGCCUGUCCUGGACAUUGUUCUGGCCUUUUCCAGAUACCUUAGCAACUUGCAGAAUGGCAUCUUGCUGCUCAAGCAGCUGUGUGACCACAUUCUGUUCAACCCUUCCAUCUGGAUUCAUGCCCCUGCCAAGGUGCAACUGGCACUCUACACUUACCUGGCGACAGAGUUCAUCAGCACAGUGACCAUAUACAACGCUGUCCGCAGGGUGGGCACCGUGCUUCAAGUCAUGCAUACACUGAAAUAUUUUUACUGGGUCAUCAACCCCCAGGACCGCAGUGGAGUCCUGCCCAAAGGACUAGAUGGUCCAAGGCCAAACCAGAAGGAGAUCCUUUCUUUGCGAGCCUUUCUCCUGUUGUUUGUCAAACAGCUCAUAAUGAAGGAUCACGGAGUCAAAGAAGAUGAGCUACAGAGCAUCCUCAACUACCUUCUUACCAUGCAUGAGGAUGAAAACCUUAUGGAUGUGCUGCAGUUGCUGGUGGCUCUGAUGUCUGAACAUCCUGGGCCUAUGGUCCAGGCCUUUGACCAACGCAAUGGGAUUCGUGUGAUUUACAAGCUUUUGGCUUCAAAAAGUGAAGGCAUCAGAGUGCAGACACUCAAAGUAAUGGGCUACCUUUUGAAACACUUGCCUCCAAAGAGGAAAUCUGAGGUCAUGAUGAGUCACGGCCUUUUCUCGCUGCUCACUGAACGGCUGAUGCUCCACUCCAACCAGUUCACGAUGACGACCUACAACGUACUCUUUGAGGUCCUUACUGAGCAGAUCUGCACUCAAGUGAUCCAUAAACAGCAUCCAGACCCCGACUCCACUGUGAAGAUUCUCAACCCACAGAUUCUGAAGGUGAUAGCUGCCCUGCUCAAGAACUCGCCCCCAUCCACUGAGAGCAUGGAGGUGCGCAGGGUCUUUCUGUCAGAUAUGAUCAAACUAUUCAAUAACAGCAGAGAGAACCGCCGGAGCCUGCUGCAGUGCUCUGUGUGGCAGGAGUGGAUGCUCUCCCUGUGCUUUAUCAACCCUCGAAACAAUGAGGAGCAGAAAAUCACAGAGAUGGUGUAUGCCAUCUUCCGCAUCCUACUCUACCACGCAAUCAAAUACGAGUGGGGCGGCUGGCGUGUCUGGGUGGACACCCUGUCCAUCACCCACUCCAAGGUAACCUUUGAGCAGCACAAGGAAAGUUUGUCGCACAUGUUCCAACAGUACCAGCAUCAGGAGUCUCUGAGCACAGUCCGAACUGUCUCUGGUGUCAGCCAAAGCUUGGAAACCAUGGAAAGUGUUGAUGGGCCACCUACAGAGGAGACGGCCCCUUCCACAGUUAUUGAACUCACAGUAGACAAGCUGUCCCAGAAGUCCCCUGACUCACCAUCUAGUUCCACCAACAUGUCCAGCCCGCUGGAUAUUGCUGAUGAAAGGAGACGCAUGUCGAUCACAGUGUCCAACAUUCUUGCCCUUGCUGAAGCAGAAGACCAGGAGCUGGCUGAGGGGUCUUCCAGAGACGGCUCAGGCGUUGGAAAAGAAACUGAAGCCACUGUGACACAAAAAAAUGAUAUAGAGGAUCAGAGUGAAGAGAUCAAUAAGCAGGAAGCGGUGACUGAGAUGUCUACUGACAAGGACAAGGAUAAUCAACAGGCUGAAACAGUGGUUAGAGAUUCUGUUACAGUAUCGGCAAACGUUGAUGCACCAACGCCAACCGAUGAUGAAAAACACGAGAGUGACCACAACAAAGGUGAAUCGUCAAGCUCUAUGACAGAAGACUCAUUAAAAGAAGCAGAGACAGAACUGCCAGUCAUGUCAGAACAAGAAGAUAAUACUGACCACAUGUCCCCUGAGACUGCAGCCUAUCUGGAAAACAGUGUGCUGGGUGGUGCUUCUGUCCUCAAUGAGGACCCAGUUGAUGUGUCACCUGCUGGUGACCAGAUCCAUCCUAGUGAUGCUGAUGAUGGCCAAGAGUCUUGUGUUUCUGCUGCUGCUGCUGAAGAAGAAGGGGUGGUAUUUAAAAAGGAGGAAGAUGAAGAUGUGGAAGGCAAGAAAAAGGAUCUGGAAGGACAGGAGUUAAAAAUAGAAAAAGACGAGAAGCAGGAGAUUAAAAUACAAGAAAAAACUGAAGAAAGUGAAACUGAAGAGAAACACUUGUCUGGUUUGGAGAAUCAGACAUGUUUAUCUGAAACAUCUGAACAAAAUGGGACAGACCCACCCACAGAACAAGUCAAAGGUGAACAGUCUUCCUCCAUAACUGAAACCUGUACUGCAGACGAGCAACCUUUAGAUGGCACACAACCUUCUACUGCCCAGAAGGCUGUGGUAGCAUCAGACCCCACCUCACCUAGCCAGCCUUCAGAAACCAGCACCUCUGGAGAGGAAACCCUGUCCAGUGCCCCACAUGGCAGCACUGACACCCAAAAGAGUGCAGACCCUGUCAACAAGAACAAAGAGGUCAAAAUUGCCAGACUGGAUGUGUCCAAUGUUGCCUUCGACACAGAGAGACUUGAAUUGAAGGAGACAUGCACAGAAAGGAGGCCCAGCCAGCCAGCAGCAGCAGUAGCAGCAGGAAGUUCAGGUCAGCCAGGAGACAGCAGCAUCUCUGCUUCUCGCUCCACCAUGUUUCGCAUCCCAGAGUUCCGCUGGUCCCACAUGCACCAGCGUCUGCUCACUGACCUGCUCUUCUCUAUUGAGACAGAUGUCCAGAUGUGGAGGAGUCACUCCACAAAGACUAUCCUGGACUUUGUCAACAGCAGUGAAAAUGUUGUGUUUGUCCACAACAGUAUACAUCUCAUCUCCCAGGUGGUAGACAACCUCAUCAUGGCUUGUGGAGGCAUUUUACCUCUGCUUUCUGCUGCCACCUCUACCUCUCAUGAACUGGAGAACAUUGAGCCAUCCCAAGGCUUGACAGUGGAGGCUUCAGUCACCUUCUUACAGCGCCUCAUCAACCUUGUGGAUGUUCUCAUGUUUGCGAGUUCCCUCAACUUCACCGAGAUAGAAGCAGAGAAAAACAUGACUUCAGGAGGCAUCCUUCGACAGUGCCUUCGCCUUGUGUGUGCAAUGGCAGUAAGAAACUGUCUGGAGUGUCAGCAAGCUCAAAUUAAGCAGGGGACAGAUGGCUCAGCACUCAGCUACACAGCCAUGCCUAGCCUUGGAACAGCUAUGUCUGCAGCUGCGCAGAGCCCUGUUGAUGCAGUGACAGGUGGAAUGUCUCCAGUGAGAGACUUGGACCGACUGCUUCAGGACAUGGACAUUAACCGCCUGCGGGCUGUAGUCUUCAGAGAUAUUGAGGACAGUAAGCAGGCUCAGUUUCUGGCUCUUGCUGUGGUUUACUUCAUCUCCGUCCUCAUGGUGUCCAAGUACCGCGACAUCCUGGAGCCCCACAAUGACAAGAAACACCCUCAGCGAUCCCAGUCUGCCAGAAGCACAGAUAGCGGCGCUAUUUCCAGUGUAUUGGAGGUGGAGAACGGUGUCUCUCUGCGACGGUAUGACUCCGGCCUCGGUGAUGACCACACUUCAGCCACUGCAAGCGAAGCGGACCUGUCAUCCUCCGCUGUGACUCACGGUCCAGACGCCAUCUCAGAGGCCUUGUCUACGCUGUCAUCUGAGGUCAGGCCUGCUCUGCCCACUGAUUCAAAGGGCAAGAAUGUAAAGGACAUUUUGCGGAGUCUGGUGAGCAGUUCGGGUGAUGAUAUCAUGGUGGACCCAAGUCUGCUGCCACCGGCGUUUCUAGGAGGUCUGGGUGAUGCAGCCACACAAUCAUCACUACAGUUCCACUCAUUUGAUAGGAGUGUUGUUGUUGCACCCAAGAAAGUGGGCAUGACGCCAUCUCCAGGCACGUCCACCCCCGUCCCAGCAGCAACUGCUGCCUCUGUGUCUGCUGGGACACCUGUUGACAGCGUUGCAGUGGUGUCUUCUGGCGAUGCCUCCCAGAGUAGCUCAGCAGAUUCUGCAGCAACAGGCGGCCAGGUUCCAGCCAGCCCUAGCCUGCCAUCUGUCCCCUCGCUCUCCCCUGUGACCCAGAACACAGCCCCCAGUAUGAGUAUCUCAGAGCGUCUGGAGCAUGCUCUGGAGAAGGCGGCUCCUCUGCUGAGAGAGAUCUUUGUGGAUUUUGCCCCCUUUCUCUCUCGGACCCUGCUGGGCAGCCACGGCCAAGAGCUUCUCAUUGAGGGCACAAGCCUGGUGUGUAUGAAGUCCAGCAGCUCAGUAGUGGAGCUCGUCAUGCUUCUGUGUUCACAGGAAUGGCAAAACUCCAUCCAGAAGAAUGCAGGUCUAGCCUUCAUCGAGUUGGUCAAUGAAGGCAGACUGCUGAGUCACACCAUGAAGGACCACCUAGUUCGUGUCGCUAAUGAAGCUGAGUUUAUCCUCAACCGACAGAGGGCUGAAGACAUCCAUAAACAUGCGGAGUUUGAGUCUAGCUGUGCUCAGUACACAGCAGAGAAACGAGAUGAGGAGAAAAUGUGUGACCACCUGAUCCGAGCGGCAAAGUUCCGCGACCAUAUGACAGCAACACAGCUCAUCCAGAAGAUAGUCAACAUCUUGACUGACAAACACGGAGCCUGGGGAAGCUCUUCCACAAGCCGGCCGAGGGAGUUCUGGCGCCUGGACUACUGGGAGGACGAUUUAAGGCGUCGUCGUCGCUUCAUCAGGAACCCCUUCGGAUCCUCUCACUCAGAGGCUACGCUCAAAGCUGCGACUGAACACGUGUCUGAGGAGGACAUUCUCAAAGGCAAGCAGUCCAUCAGGAGUCACGCUCUGGGAAAUCAAAACUCGGAGAGUGAGACGUCACUCGACGGAGAUGAUGACGCUCUGUCGUUCUUAGAGGAGAAGGACCUGGAGAACCUAACAGGCCCAGUAAACCUGAGCACCAGUGCCCAGCUGGUGGCUCCGGCCGCGGUGGUGAGAGGCACCCUGUCGGUCACCGCCUCCGAGCUCUACUUCGAGGUGGAUGAGGACGAGCCGAGCUUCAGGGCGAUCGAUCCAAGGAUUUUAACUUAUACAGAAGGUCUUCAUGGAAAAUGGCUGUUCACAGAGAUCCGGGCCAUCUUUUCCAGACGCUACCUUCUGCAAAAUACUGCUCUGGAAAUCUUCAUGGCCAACAGAAAUGCAGUCAUGUUCAAUUUCCCAGAUGCAGCCACAGUCAAGAAGGUGGUGCACAGUCUUCCCCGUGUUGGGGUGGGCACAAACUUUGGCCUUCCACAAACCAGACGUAUCUCUCUGGCCACACCAAAGCAGCUCUUCAAAGCAUCCAACGUGACCCAGCGCUGGCAACAUCGUGAAAUCUCCAACUUUGAGUACCUCAUCUUUCUGAACACCAUCGCUGGUCGGACCUUUAAUGAUCUAAACCAGUAUCCGGUCUUCCCAUGGGUUAUCACCAACUAUGACUCCGAAGAACUUGACCUCACUCUCCCCAGCAACUUCAGAGACCUGUCCAAGCCCAUCGGUGCUUUGAACCCCAAGAGAGCAGCAUUCUUUUCAGACCGAUAUGAGUCCUGGGAGGAUGAUCAGGUGCCAAAGUUCCAUUAUGGCACCCACUACUCCACCUCCGGCUUCACACUGAUGUGGCUCCUACGCAUUGAGCCCUUCACCACGUUCUUCCUGAACUUCCAAGGAGGAAAGUUUGACCAUGCUGACCGCACCUUCUCAUCAGUGGCCCGAGCCUGGAGGAACUGCCAGAGAGACACAUCUGAUGUUAAGGAGCUGAUCCCAGAGUUCUACUACCUCCCCGAGAUGUUUGUCAAUGCUAACGGUUACAGCCUGGGAGUGAUGGAAGAUGGCACCGUGGUCUCUGAUGUGGAGCUGCCACCCUGGGCCAAGAGCCCAGAGGAGUUUGUUAGAAUCAAUCGCCUGGCUCUAGAGAGUGAGUUUGUGUCCUGCCAGCUCCACCAGUGGAUCGAUCUAAUCUUUGGCUACAAGCAGCACGGUCCUGAAGCCACCAGGGCCCUCAAUGUUUUCUAUUAUCUCACCUACGAAGGCGCGGUCAACCUCAGCUCCAUCACCGACCCCAUGCUCAGAGAGGCUGUAGAGUCUCAAAUCAGGAGUUUUGGACAGACCCCCUGCCAGUUGCUCAUCGAGCCACACACACCCCGAAGCUCAGCUAUGCAAGUGUAUCUUCUCCUGCAGACUCCGCUGAUGUUUACGGAGCAGAUGCAGCAGGAUGUUAUCAUGGUGCUGAAGUUCCCAUCAAACUCACCAGUGACCCACGUAGCAGCCAACACUCAGCCAGGUUUUUCAUCAUCUGCCAUCAUCACAGUCACCGCCAGCCGCCUCUUUGCUGUCAAUAAGUGGCACGGCUUGUCAGGUCAUCAGGGCUCAGCAGUGCAGGACCAGCAGUAUCAACUUCCUGUGGAAAUUGACCCGCUGAUAGCCAGUAACGUGGGCAGUCAUCGUCGUCAAAUCUCAGAUCUGCUGGACCAGAGCAUUCAGAUCAGCUCGCAGUGUUUCAUCAUCACAGCCGACAACCGCUUCAUCCUUCUGUGUGGCUUCUGGGAUAAGAGCUUCCGGGUCUACUCCACUGACACAGGCAAACUGACUCAGAUCGUCUUUGGGCAUCGUGACGUGGUGAUGUGUCUGGCUCGCUCGGAGUCGUACAUCGGAGGAGACUGCUACAUCCUGUCAGGCUCCAGAGAUGCCACUCUGCUGCUGUGGUACUGGAAUGGAAAGCACAGCAGCAUUGGAGAGAGCCCGGGCAAAGAGUUUACCACACCACGGGCCAUCUUAACAGGCCAUGACUGUGAGGUGACAUGUGCAAGUGUGUGUGCUGAGCUGGGUCUUGUCAUCAGCGGCUGCAAAGAGGGUCCUUGUCUGAUCCAUUCAAUGAAUGGGGACCUGCUGCGGACCCUGGAAGGCCCAGAGUGCUGCACACGGCCCCGCCUCAUCCAGUCCUCCAGUGAAGGACACUGUAUGAUCUACUAUGACAAGGGACAGUUUUGUCUCUUCAGUGUCAACGGAAAACUGCUAGGGAACAUGGUGCUAGACGACAGUAUAAAGGCCAUGCUUCUGAGUCGUGAUGGCCAGUAUCUGCUGACAGGUGGAGACGGGGGUGUAGUAUCUGUCUGGCAGGUCCACGACCUCAAAAGGCUGUUCACCUAUCCCGGCUGUGACGCAGGAAUCCGCUCUAUGGCGAUGUCGCAUGACCAAAGGUGCAUCAUAACUGGCAUGGCAUCUGGAAGUAUCGUGCUCUUCUACAAUGACUUCAACAAGUGGCACCACGAGUACCAGACCAGGUACUGAGCUGAGACUGACAAAGAUGCAAACUGUGUGAACCGUUAUCAAAGGCACUACUCUGUCUAUAUUGUGAUAUCCUAUUGUAUCUUAUUGAAAGAAGGAAAAAUGUCCUGUUAUAGUAGGUAAAUCGAACUAUUUUUAAAAAGGGCAUUGCUAUAUUUUAUAGAUUAGAUUUUCAUAUGAAUCAUAGGGUGGGGGGGCUAUGUUACUGAAUGGUUAAAACAAAUAUAUUUUUAGCUGUAAGUCUAUUUUCAUGUGCUCUGGAAAAGAAAAAGGGAUUUACGGGGAGCUGGUGAGGACCUUUUCUCGACUUAAAAAUCCAAAUAUUUGUCUACGUUUGGUGUGUUUUUUUUCCCCUCGAGGUGUGUAUGAGGGUUAAACAUUAAGCAAUGCCUCAUUUGUAACAUGCGUUUUGCCAUUUUGAAAUGUUUGACUAAAUGUAUUGCACACAAGCAUAAAUGAAGAGGUAAUAUACACGCACACAGUAUAAAUAUCGAGCUAUAUAUAUACAUAUAUAUAUAUAGUCCUCCAUAUUUAAAGCUUUGAUUCUCUCGAUAUUUCUGUGUGGCUUACCAUUGAUAUAAAACAUCAGCCCAGACCUCUUGUUAUAUCAUUUAAUACUGUAACCAUCAAAAACACAAAACCUCCCACCACCAGUGACGUUAAAAGCUUUAUGUAGAGGAGGAUUAUGCUCCUUUCUCCUUUACACUUCUUUCCUAAAUGAUUGAAUAAGCUAAAACAGUUGAUCCAUUUUUGUUUAAAUGGGAAUUUUGAUUGAUGUAUGUGGUGGAAAGAAUGAGCCUAAAAGAUUAGAAUGUAAUAAAUAAAAAUCACGUCACAUCAUACUUAGUGCCCAGGCCAGCUUAGCAUCUUCAAAGUCCUCUUUGAGUCUCGUCUCUAAAACAGUAAAGUGAGAUGUGCAAUGAAAAGAAGGACUUGUUAAAUUCUAGUCUCCCCACCACCAUCUCAUCCGUCUAAAUGACACGGUGAGUGAUUAACAUCUGAUUCAAUGACAGUAAUUCUUUGAGCCUUAGUAAAAUAAAUGCCCACUUGAAUCUUUGAUUUCAAAGAAACAUUCCUUUAAAGUUUGAAUCUCUGAGAACUGCCGUGAUCUCUCAACCAAUACUUUUUCUUUUUUUGGCAAUCAGUUUGAAGUGUGUUGUGUGCUGACUUAUGACAAUAAAAUGAAAUUUUAUGACUUCAUCUGUGCUCGGUGUCAAAUUAUCAUUAGUACUCACUUAGACUAAGACUGCACAGCACCCUCUAGUGGCCAGAAUCUGGUCACCACA